AUGAGCGACGCCGAUAAGGCUACCAUUCGCCGUGCGCACUUCGACCUCGAGCAAGUUCCCGGCUUUAACAGGCAUGGCAACCUCUACAUCAAGUAUCGAAGCUUCAACACCCGGGAAUACCGGUACUACAAGUACGAGCUUCCCCCCACAGUCAUCACUCACACAACCGCAGCUGGGACCGUAGAAACCGCAGUGAAAUCUGGGAGCCUGGAACGGUGUGGACCCACUACCGCGACGGGAGCGAUGAGCAUUAUGAAUACAAGGGACACCCCGUACUCGCCGUUCCUUUCUCACGACCCUCGUCGAGUUCGCCCCAUCGCAGUCCCGACCUACGUCAAGUUCCUCUUCAACUGGAAUCAGAAGCACCAUGCUUCCCUAGGAACUCUUCCACUGCCGCUCUCUUCACCCCAACGCCACACUCCCUCUCGGUUCGACCCGGUGGAGACGCCCGAUAUCGACACAGUUGGCGAGCUUCUUGCCCUGGCGGAUGAGUGGGCCGAGAACCCGGCGAGGUUCUGGGUGCAGCACAGGUGGAACCGCUUCCGCUCUCCUGCCCAGGCCAGGCCCCAGACUCCAUACCGCUCCAGGAUCACUUUUGAGCCGGCUACUCCCGAGGACGAGGACGAGGAGGAGUCCGGUGUGGACGAGCUAGUCGACGAAAUGAGCCACCUCGUGGUCGGCACCGGCGAGCAGCAGGCCGAGGUGAACGCCUUCACGGCCGAAGUGGAGGCCACGUUUCCUCCCCCGGGCCAGCCCAACGCUCUGACCGAAGAGUCUUUUGUUUUUGUCCCUGUUCCCGGCAGUGAGGCGGGAGGAACCCAAGGUGGCGACGGCAGCCCAGCCGUGGUUGACACGGCCAACGCAGACCCCUACGUCGUUGUAGCGGCCACCGACGGAGAGGCGGAGGGUUCGAGUGGCGGCGAUGUGGCCGGAGGUGCCACUGAUCCUGGUUCAGGUGCCACGCAGACCACCGAGGAGGAGGAGGAAGCCGUUCUGGUGGAGACGGAGGAGGAGGGCGGGGUCGGCGAGCCUGGCGCCGUGGAGGAGGAGGCCGCCCCAGUGAUCGUGGAGGCGGAGGACGCGGUGCCAGAGGCCGGGGAGGCUGAGAACGCGGGACAGGUCUACCAGAUUCCUUCUCACGGAGUCAGCUCCGUCUCGGGGCGUCUCCUCAACGCCAUGCGCGUCGCCACCCCAGCCCUGCAGGCUAUGUCGAAUUGGGUAAGGAGCAGCUCGGCUCCUAGCCGUCCGAUCAUUGAUGAAGCACGCACUGCUCUUCGCGAGCUCUCUGAGGUUCUCAACACCCUUAAAGAGCUGCUGCAUGACCCCGCGACGGGGUACCCCUACCCCACGACUCCCCGCCGCCGGUAG